GACAGCAACCCGGGCACAACGGGGCAUUUCCCACCUGAGGACGGCAAUCACAAACAAACCCUGAGACUUCUGAUCCAACACGUUACCAUGAGCCAGAACCAAGAGGAAACGACGAGCAUUGCCAGCAUCCGUAUGGUCAUCCAACGGUACCGAAAGGCGAGUUUGCUGAUCGACGAAAAGGAAGUCGUCACCGUUGGAGACRGGGUUGGCAGUGCAGAUUCUUCCGCAGAAGUCUUGCUCGGCCGGGAUGGAAGCGGGGGCAGSGGUCACGUUGGCAUGCUGGUAUACAUCAGUUUUUCUAAGACRGCAACUCCGGUGGAGGUACAGAAGGCCGCGAGAACCAUUCUGAAUCUACCGAUUCAAACGGAGGGUGCAUGGGGGGACGGAUCCUCUACAAAGAGCAUACUGCAAGCAGCGGGUUCGGUGGUGGAUUCGAACAAGGAGAAACCGUCGGCCGCCCCAGUUUCGGUCAUGCUCGUUCCGCAGGCCAAUCUCAUUGCAAAAGUAAAAAAGAACGGCAAGUCCGUGCAGUACCGCGAUCAGAUAGACAAAACCCGUGGCGAGGAACUGUACGAUAUGUUCGUAAGAACCGUGGAAGGCUUCCUGAUGGAAGRACACCAGCGAUUGACAUCAUCCGCUAGCAGCGUUGGCGCAAAUAACAAAAGCAAGGCCGGGAACAGCAAAGGGAACARCGAUGCCGUAGAUCCAAGCAUUCCACCGAAGGAACUCUUUCGUUACCGCCAGAAACAGCAGCAGGAAGAAGACGGCAGCCUCCUGUACGGAAGUUUCGACGAGUCCACCGGGCUUCCCCUCACCCUAGCCAGUGGAGAGCCACUGACCAAGUCGGCUUCCAAACGGGUCAAAAAGCUCUAUGAUGCACACGCAAAACGACACGAGAAAUACCUAUCGAAACAGCAACAAGAGCCACCACGAGAGCCUCAAAGCAGCGGUGACUCCAGCACACCGGCACCGUCCGCUGGUCUCGUCGCCGCCUCUCCGGCAACCGCCCAAGACGCACCCACCAGCGCCACGGCCAAGGCAGAGGACAAGCGAUCCGGUCUAGAUCCGUCUUUCGUCCGACUGAUCGCAGGGAGUUUCGGGAAGCGGCAAGGCCUCGAACUUGUUUCGGACAUGGGACCCUUUUGCCAUGUGAUYGAGCUGUAGGCGGCAGCGCACGAACAAAGUCUCGAGCGAACGGAAKAAUCGUUGCCGCARCUCGGUGCAGCUUGCAGGGAGAGGAGAAUUUCGUCGGAAUCACUGUGCAUUCGUUUCGAUUCUAUAGACAUUCGUUCUUUUGUCGGUGCCGUGCCGAUAAGGUUUCGUUGUUUUCGAGCCCGGGAGCUCUGCGUCUGCUUUGGAAACGGCGGGUUCGAGAUAUUGUGGUUCUUUACAAGUGCACCGACGCGACCGGAGCUCGAUCGCAAUCGGCGCCGCGGAGCCUGCACCAAACAGCUGCCACGCGAGGCGAUUGGCCACGUGCCGGUCUCGGACGUGCAACAACGAGUGGUCUUGCGGGGAGCAGCUCCUUCUGGAAGGACCCAUUACUGCAGUUGUUUUGGAUCGAGGCAAAUCCUUCUGCCUUCGAGUUUGAAUUGGUGAGGAUCAGUGGACUUUCAACUCCUUGUCGAUGUGCAAGCACGAGCACUUAAGCCAUGUGCGAAACGAAAAAAGCUGUUACUAGAAAUAGUCUGUACAGUGCGAUAGAAAAAUGCUACGGUUUUUCAAUAAACAUCCAGUUCUUGU